CAGGCACUCUCCCACUCCUCUGACUUCGCUCUCUCCAGCUCCUUCAUCUUCUCCCGAUAACUCUAAACUUGGGACACUUCACUGCCCGAGGACCAUCCUCAAACAACCCAAUCCAAAACAUAGACUACCACCAUCAUCAUGUCUCAAGAACUCAAUCAACGUAUCAAACCAACCCCAGUGAUCCAUCUGGCCGGUUCAUCCUCAUCCUCUGCCUCAGACGAUGAGGAUCAACAAUCGACCAUCCCGAUCUUCGAACUCCCUCAGUUUACCAUCAAAGAGCUACUCUCUGCCAUCCCUGCCCACUGCUUCCAACGCUCAGCACUCAGAUCUAGCGUUUACCUCAUCUGGGACAUCUUCCUGGCCAGCUCCUUCAUCUAUCUUGCUCGCUUCAUCGACCCUUACUUCAACUCUCUCUCCAACACAACCAAUCCUACCCUAAUCACUCUCGCCCGUUUCGCCGCUUGGGCCUUCUACGGCUAUGCUUCUGGCUUGGUAUGGACCGGCAUUUGGGUGAUCGCUCAUGAAUGUGGUCACCAAGCAUUCUCGAGCUCAAAAUCGAUCAACAAUACCGUCGGCUACGUCUUACACUCCUUCCUCCUAGUCCCAUACCAUUCCUGGAGGAUCAGUCAUGCCCAACACCAUGCUGCAACCUGUCACAUGAAACGAGACCAAGUGUUUGUCCCAAAGACUAGAUCCGAACGGGGCGUACCUCCCCUACCUGAAAAUGCUUCGAAACGUGAACGAGAUGGUGCUCUACCUCCCUCACUCUACGAAAAGAUGGACGACCUCUUGGAAGAUGCUCCCUUAUGGAACUUUCUCAACUUGCUCCUUCAACAACUUCUCGGUUGGCCCAUGUACAUCCUCACCAACGCUUCCGGUCAAAAACGCUACCCAUCUUGGACCAAUCAUUUCAACCCAAACUCAAUCAUCUAUGAUGCCAGACAUCGAUCCCAAAUCUUGAAGUCUGACCUUGGUAUCGGAAUCAUGCUCGCUGGUCUCACCUUCUUAGGCUACAAGACCGACUUCAUGACCGUUUUCAAGUACUACAUCGUACCCUACUUCAACGUCAAUCAUUGGCUCGUGAUGAUCACCUUCCUUCAACACAACGACCCAAUGCUUCCACACUACCGAGACGGAGCGUUUAACUUCCAACGAGGAGCUCUCUGUACCAUCGACCGAAACAUCCACAGCUUCUUCUUCCAUGGGAUCGCCGAGACCCAUGUGGCCCACCAUCUCUGCUCCAAAAUUCCUCAUUAUCAUGCUUGGGAUGCUACAGCCGCUCUUAAGGCUAAACUCGGCCCUCAUUACCAUCAGACUGACGAGGAUGCUUGGAUCAGCUUGUGGAAGGUUUACAGCCAAUGUCGAUUUGUCGAGGAUGAAGGUGACGUUGUGUUUUGGAAGAACGCCAAAGGCCAAGCGCAUCGUCGCUUAGGUAGUCCUGGCUCUAAGGGCUCGGUGUCCGACUCGGGCGUCGAAAUUAACGAUGUCUCGGCUUCCUGAACAAGCCAUACACAAUACACACACACAUCAUGCAUUAGACUCUUAGAUACUUUUUUUUCUCAAUAUACUUGUAUCCCGCUCUUUUCUGUCGACUGCUUUCUUUCUUUCUCUGCCCUUUUAUGCUUUGCUUAGCAACGUCGAGGAGGUAGCGAGAUAGAGAGACAGAGAUCGAGAGAGGGAGUGCGGGACUAGGAAGGGAGAUGGACGGGGUUGAGUGAUCCGGCCAUUUGACGCUCUUCAAAUCCACUUUGGUCUAUCUCUAUCUUCUGCUCUGCUAUCUUCCCCUUCCUCCAUUUCCAUACAUCUCUCUCUCUCUCAACUUUUUUUUUUCUUCAUCACAAUAUUGCACUUAUCCCUUCCCUUCCCCAAACCAAAAAAAAAGGAAGAGUUCAAGACUUACAGAUAUAUAAAUAGAGUAGCUUAUCCUCUUCCUUCUCCUCUAGUCUUCUUCUUCUAUCACUAUCAACGACCACCUCAAGACCAAAAACAACCAAAAUGCUCUUUCUUACACAGAUAUAUAACUCCUUCUAUUAUCCCCGGUCUUGUUUCCUUAUUUAUACUUGACAUGUCAUAUAUAUAUAUACUAUUCUUUUCUGAAACGCAGCCUAUCUUUUAUCACGUU